ACUGCGCCAGCCUCCCUGAGUCGCCCCAUUGUGCGAGGCCGGGAUAAAAGGAGGAGGGUGUGAGGUGGGGCCCCCAGCCCCGGCCUCGGACGCCGCAGCCGCGAUGAAGCGUCUGCUUCUGCUGUGCGUCCUGCUGGUCGCCUCUCGGGCCAGGAUCUUCCAGAUCUGCGAGCUGUCCCGAGUACUGAAAGAAAACGCCACCGGCGGCUUCCACGGCGUCUCUCUGGAGGAAUGGCUCUGCGUAAUCUUUCACGAGAGCGGUUACGACAGCCAGGCCCUCAACUAUUACAACGGCAGCAGCAGCCAUGGGCUCUUCCAGAUCAAUCAACCGUACUGGUGCGACGACGAAGACUCCGAAUCCACCGAGCCCUCCGUGAACGCCUGCCAGAUACCUUGCAGCAAGCUUCUGGAUGAUGACAUCCUUGACGACAUCGAGUGCGCCAAGAAGAUUGUGAAGGAACCCAAAGGGAUCACAGCCUGGGAAGCCUGGCAGCCCUUCUGCAACGACGAUCUCGAUCAGUGGAAAGUGUUAGACGGCCCCGUUCUCUCUCCUGCCCAGCGCCCCGCAGACCCCCGCCCGCACCCCUCCCUGCCUCUUGGUGGGCAAAACCCUCCAGGUUUAAGCUCCUCCUGCUUCGACUCUGGAGGUGUUCCGUUCGCUACCCUUCAAUAAAGGCCCGGCCCCUC